GCCCCGGCCGGCUCAUCCCUGCGGCGGCUGCCUGGGCGGCGCGGCGCGCGGCCGUUCGCCAUGUACACCUUCGUGGUGCGCGACGAGAACAGCAGCGUCUACGCCGAGGUCUCCCGGCGGCUGCUCGCCACCGGCCACUGGAAGAGGCUGAGGCGAGACAACCCCCGGUUCAACCUGAUGCUGGGAGAGAGGAACCGGCUGCCCUUCGGGAGACUGGGUCACGAGCCUGGGCUGAUGCAGUUGGUGAAUUACUACAGGGGGGCAGACAAACUGUGUCGCAAAGCUUCUUUAGUGAAGCUAAUCAAGACAAGCCCAGAACUGGCUGAGUCCUGCACAUGGUUCCCCGAGUCCUAUGUGAUUUAUCCAACUAAUCUCAAGACCCCAGUUGCUCCAGCGCAGAAUGGAAUCCACCCACCAAUCAAUACUUCAAGGACAGAUGAAAGAGAGUUCUUCCUGGCUUCUUAUAACAGAAAGAAAGAAGAUGGAGAGGGCAGCGUUUGGAUUGCAAAGUCAUCAGCCGGUGCCAAAGGUGAAGGCAUCCUCAUCUCCUCGGAGGCUACAGAGCUUCUGGAUUUCAUAGACAACCAGGGCCAGGUGCACGUGAUCCAGAAAUACCUUGAGCACCCACUGCUUCUGGAGCCAGGUCAUCGCAAGUUUGACAUUCGAAGCUGGGUUUUGGUGGAUCAUCUGUAUAAUAUCUACCUCUAUAGAGAAGGUGUGCUUCGGACUGCUUCAGAACCAUAUCAUGCUGAUAAUUUCCAAGACAAAACCUGCCAUUUGACCAAUCACUGCAUUCAAAAGGAGUACUCAAAGAACUAUGGGAAGUAUGAAGAAGGGAACGAAAUGUUCUUUGAAGAGUUCAACCAGUACCUAACAAGUGCUUUGAACAUUACCCUGGAGAGUAGUAUCUUACUACAAAUCAAACAUAUAAUAAGAAGCUGCCUCAUGAGCGUGGAGCCCGCCAUCAGCACCAGGCACCUCCCUUACCAGAGCUUCCAGCUCUUUGGCUUCGACUUCAUGGUGGACGAGGAGCUGAAGGUCUGGCUCAUCGAGGUCAACGGUGCCCCUGCUUGUGCUCAGAAGCUUUAUGCAGAACUGUGCCAGGGCAUUGUGGACAUAGCCAUAUCCAGUGUCUUUCCGCCGCCAGACACGGAGCAGCAGCCGACCCAGCCAGCUGCGUUCAUCAAGCUGUGACUGAGGGAGGCGUGCAGAGCUGGAGCCUGCUCCAGGGGAAGGUGAAAUGUCUGGAUUGCUAGUUAUCAAGCCAAAACAGGAGAGAGAGGUAACUCGCAAAGAUGUGAGGGAAGAGAGAGCAUCAGAAGAAAAAGCGGCUUCCCCGAAGAAUGGUUGCUCAGAGUUCCCAGGUGGAGCUCUCAACCCUGCUCUUGAGAUCUGAAAACUGCAAUGAUGUGGCCUCCUGAAAAGGAGGGGGAGCAAAUAUUCUGUGGGGAAAAAAACAGGGGUUUGAUUACUUUAUGUUCUCAUCCUUUAAAAAAUCUGCUAUUUAUCCUAAGGCAGCGUUGUGAGCAGCGCCUCUCCUCCGAGGAUUGCAGACCGUUGGACCUUUGGUUGGUGUCUUUCCACCUGCUGCAGCCUUAGUGCCUUAGCUCUGUGCCCAGCUGCAACCCUUCUGUCUGGACAAGGAUUGGACGUGAGAGCAUUUGGGAGGUUGCCAAUGUGUUCCCUGCUCGUCCCCCUCCAUGACGCUCUGCCCCACGAAAAUCUGGACAGCGUGCACCAACAGUCCUUGGUUUUGUGCCGUGCACCACCUCGCAGCAAACGGGAUUUUCCUCAUCACGUUCCUGAUGGCAUUGGGUCAAGCACCUGUCAGGGUUGCUGUGGGCUGGACACCUAAACAGCAAACGCUGCUCUCAGUCUGCUCUCUGCAUGUUUCAGAAACCAAGCAGCAGGUCUGCUGCAAACCCGUAAGCAUCAAAUAAGCAUGAGAGAGAAAAAACACGAUGUCUUGCUUUACUUAAUAGUUGGGUGUGAUGGGUCUUUGAAAUAUGAUGAUUCUCAGUUAUCUUUGUUUUAACCAGAAUUCUAUGUGCACUUUUGCAAAGUUCCCUUUUCUUCACUUUUUGUUUUUGUUUCUGUUUUAACUUUUGUAAAAACCCCUCUAGGGGUCAGGAGAAGGCAGAAGUCCACUGCCCCCCACCCAGGUGGCACUGCCCCAGACACAGGGAGCUUUCCCCCAGUUUGUUCUCCUUGCUCUCCAAGCACCUUCUGCAGGAGCUGGAAGGGCAGGUUUUGUUCCAGGGAGGAUUCCUGUGCCUCUCGACAUCAGGGAGAGGCUCUGAAUGUGUAUGUCUCGCGUGAAUGGGAGAGUCUCCUAAAACGGGAAGGAGGUGAUUUCAGAGCACCACACAGCAUCUUGUAAGUCAACAAAUGUGCCGCGUUAGGUGUAGUUUCCACUUACUGGAUUGACGAAUAUUCUAUAGACUUUUCAGGAGGCCACAUUACUAGCAGUGGGAAGAAUAAGAUGCCAUUUGUGUUCAGUGUGAGCUGAGUGAACAGGCCCAGAGUAUACUGGGAACAACAGCCAAACCACUGAAAAGGCACCCUUCUCCCCAGAACGUGCUGUGUUCUUCCUUCGUGCAUAUGUGUGCUCCAUUAUUCAUUUCUACUUGGCACAAGUAAACAGUUCUGCAGUCAGGGGAUACUUCUUUAAAAAGAGAAGAAAAAGCAACACCUCCUCAAACAUGAUGAGAUGUGGGAGCUUACAGGGAAAAAAAGGAAUAAUGAUGAAAAUUAUUUAAUAGAUGCAGCAAUGGGUGUAGGAUGUGAAAGUAUUAUGUCAGGGUGAAGUGGAGAAAGUCCAACUGGGUUGGCUCUCAUGAGAAUUUGGAAUUAAAAAUAAAAGUCUUGGUGGUUACACAGAAUACAGAAAACGAAGUUUGCGUCCAGAGCAAAAUAAAACAGUCAGGGGUAAAAGUCGCUCCUGGAGGCCCCACACAGCUGAUGGGUUAGUGUUUGGGGACUUCUGAGCAGAUCAUGGGAAGAUGCACACCCAUCUAGAAAGUGUAGGGCACUGGGUCCUUGGAAAGUCUGGUGAUGGGGAAAGCAUGGAGGUUUUGUAGUAUUAUCACAUGCGAACGCAGACUUGUAAUGAUCUUUUGGACCUAAAUUACAGGGACAUUGGAGAGUUUUUCAGCUCUCAGUGACAGAGCUAAGAAUUCAGAUGUUAGGAAGAUUGUGGAUCUUGAUGGAUUUCCUAAGAAUCCUGAAUUAAUAGUAUAAAUAUGAGGGAAGUAAGGCUUUAAAAAAAAAAGUUAUGCUUCAUUCCUCACAUGGUUUAAAUAAGUAUUUUAUGCAUUUAUUUCUGAUCAGGUGGGAUGGUUGGCUCAGAACUGUUCCGUACCCUUCCAUGAAACUCUUGGCACAGAAGGUCAUGCCUCGCUCUGCAGUCAGUCUUCAUACGUGUAGUCUUUGUCUGUGUCACCGGUGGCUGGGGAGGAGGUGUUACUCAUUCGUAGAUGCUGAUUCCAACCAUGGCUCUGUCGUGUGGCUGCACGGUGUCAGAUGGGCCUGUUCAGCUGUCUGUGCCUUAGUUUCUUACCUCAAGGAAGAGUUCGUUGCCUGACCCAGAGACUACCUCAAGGGCUUUUAGUGAGGACACAUGACAUUAGGAAGACUCAAGAACCUUUAGUACCAAGGUUCUCAAAGAUGACUAUAUGCUGGAAUCACUUGGGAAGCUUUUUAAAAAUGUUGGUGUCCACACCUUCCCCCCUCCCCUACCCCUGACAAUUAAAUCAGGACCUCAGGCAUCAGUGUGCUUUGAGAUGCUUUGAACCAUUGCUUGAGAAGGAAGGACAAACACAUUAUUACCUUGGAAGAAUCAGAUGAGGCCCAGGGCUUUAAAAAAAAUUCCUUUUGGAAGAACAGGCAUUUAAGAAUGACCAGGUGUUGACAUAUGUGUUCAUGAUACAAGCAUGUGCUACUGCAGCAGGUUCUCUCUUUGCUUCUCGUCACAGCAUUUGAAAACUCAAAAUGCCUUCAGCUACGCAAACAGUUUAUGAAGCCUUGACAACAAAUGUAAACAGCCAUGAAUUUAUAAAUCUGCUAAAUAUGCGUUAAGGUUAUUUAUUAAUUAUUGAGAGAAAAGCUCCUUCCCUCACACUUAACUCCUGUGUAAUUAUAAACUCCAAUUUAUCCAGAACAUUUAAGUGCCUCAGUGUAUGGCCCAGUGGAGCGGGUGCUGGCAUACUUACCAGCUGACGUGAUGUUUCUCUAGGCCUCGGGAUGAUUGUCACCGACUCGAAGUAUCUGGUAGUGCUGGAAACAUAUGAGAUCCUCAGAACCCGCAGACGGCAGUGAAGCUACCAAGUGUGUUUUCAUGGACAGUUGAGGCUGUGUCAGGCAAGGGUGGAUCCAGCCCUGUUGUGGGUGUGGUGGGGGGACUCUACUAGAGAAGACAAGUGCCAGAGUGGUCCCCUGCAUCAUGUGGGUGCUGUAGAGAAAAUUCAGUGAUACACUGGUCUCUGAUCCUGGGCACAGAAUCUGUACCUAAGAAGAAAUGAAUUCUGAAAUAAGGCAAUUUUAUGAAUGUUUAAAAUGCCUGGAGCAUUAAAGUAAAGUAAUGAUAUUUCAAA